CAUCCUUAAUGUGAGUCACAUGACAGGUCGGGCUCAACGACUCUGCUGAAAACAAGCAGCAACCAUGCCAACCACACAGCAGUCUCCCCAGGAUGAACAGGAGAAGCUUCUGGAUGAAGCAGUGCAGGCUGUCAAGGUCCAGUCAUUCCAGAUGAAACGAUGCUUGGACAAGAACAAGUUGAUGGAUGCUUUAAAGCAUGCUUCUAACAUGCUUGGUGAGCUGAGGACCUCCAUGCUUUCUCCAAAGAGCUACUACGAGCUCUAUAUGGCCAUCUCUGACGAACUUCACUACCUUGAGGUUUAUCUGACUGAUGAAUUUGCCAAGGGGCGCAAGGUUGCAGAUCUUUAUGAGCUGGUUCAGUAUGCAGGCAACAUCAUCCCAAGACUCUAUCUCCUGAUCACAGUGGGUGUGGUGUACGUCCGCUCAUUCCCCCAGUCUCGCAAGGACAUCCUGAAAGACCUGGUAGAGAUGUGUCGUGGCGUCCAGCACCCACUCAGGGGCCUCUUCCUCAGAAAUUACCUUCUGCAGUGUACGCGCAACAUACUGCCAGAUGAUGGAGAGCGGUCAGAGGGAACAGAAGAGAUGACUGGUGAUAUCAAUGACUCUAUCGACUUCGUCCUUCUCAAUUUCGCGGAAAUGAACAAGUUAUGGGUUCGAAUGCAGCAUCAGGGUCACAGCCGAGAUCGAGAGAAGAGAGAAAAGGAAAGACAAGAACUUAGGAUUCUUGUGGGAACUAAUCUAGUUCGCCUCAGCCAACUUGAGGGUGUCAACGUGGAAAAGUACAAACAGAUUGUUCUUGCUGGAGUGCUGGAACAGGUUGUGAACUGUAGAGACUCAUUGGCUCAGGAAUAUCUAAUGGAGUGCAUUAUUCAGGUUUUUCCAGACGAGUUCCACCUUCAAACCUUGAACCCCUUCCUGCGUUCCUGUGCGGAGCUGCAUCAGCAUGUCAACGUCAAGAACAUCAUCAUUGCUCUCAUCGACAGACUUGCUCUGUUCGCUCAUCGAGAAGAUGGCCCAGGCAUUCCAACUGAAAUUAAACUGUUUGACAUCUUCUCUCAGCAAGUGGCCACUGUCAUUCAAUCUCGGCAGGACAUGCCAUCAGAGGACGUGGUUUCUCUUCAGGUCUCUCUCAUCAAUUUGGCCAUGAAAUGCUACCCUGAACGUGUGGAUUAUGUAGACAAGGUCCUGGAGAGCACUGUGGAGAUAUUCAACAAGCUCAACUUGGAACACAUAGCAACCAGCAGCGCAGUGUCGAAGGAACUUACCAGACUGUUGAAGAUCCCAGUGGAUACCUACAACAAUAUCCUGAUGGUGCUGCAGCUCAAGCAUUUCCCACCACUCUUUGAAUACUUUGACUAUGAGUCGCGCAAAAGCAUGAGUUGCUAUGUGCUGAGCAACACCCUGGAUUACAACACCACCAUUCUGGCCCAAGAACAGGUGGAUGCAAUCUUGAACUUGGUAUCCAUACUGAUCCAGGACCAGCCAGACCAACCAGCCGAUGAUCCAGACCCAGAGGACUUUGCUGAGGAGCAAAGCCUUGUGGGUCGUUUCAUCCAUCUGCUCCACUCUGAAGAUCCUGAUCAACAGUAUCUUAUUCUUAACACAGCCCGGAAACACUUUGGUGCUGGUGGAAAUCAAAGGAUUCGUUAUACACUGCCUCCUCUGGUGUUUGCUGCCUACCAACUAGCCUUUAGGUACAAGGAGAACUCUUCAACGGAUGACAAAUGGGAAAAGAAAUGCCAGAAGAUCUUUUCCUUCGCCCACCAGACCAUCAGUGCACUUAUCAAGGCUGAGCUUGCCGAGCUGCCACUGCGACUCUUCCUGCAGGGGGCGCUGGCUGCAGGCGAGAUAGGCUUCGAGAACCACGAGACUGUAGCAUAUGAGUUCAUGUCACAGGCCUUCUCCCUGUAUGAGGAUGAGAUCAGCGACUCCAAGGCCCAGUUGGCAGCCAUCACACUGAUCAUCGGCACCUUUGAGCGAAUGCGAUGUUUCAGCGAGGAAAACCACGAGCCUCUAAGGACUCAGUGUGCACUGGCCGCGUCCAAGCUGCUGAAGAAGCCUGACCAGUGCAGAGCUGUCAGCAUUUGCGCUCAUCUCUUCUGGUCUGGCCGCAGCACUGACAAAAAUGGUGAAGAGAUCCGUGAUGGUAAGCGGGUGAUGGAGUGUCUAAAGAAAGCACUGAAGAUUGCCAACCAGUGCAUGGACCCAUCGCUGCAAGUCCAGCUUUUCAUUGAAAUCCUCAACAGAUACGUCUGCUUCUACGAGAGGGAAAACGAUGCGGUGACAGUCCAGGUAUUAAACCAGCUGAUCCAAAAGAUCCGGGAAGAUCUUCCCAACUUGGAGGCAAGUGAAGAAACAGAGCAGAUCAACAAACACUUCCAUAACACACUGGAACAUCUCCGUCUGCAGAGGGAGUCCCCCGAAUCUGAAGGUCCUGCAUAUGAGGGCCUCGUCCUUUAAAACCAAUACAAGUUGGAAGGAUGUACAGUCCCUCCUUAGAUGCUUCACUAUAUUAGGAAUAUAUACUGCACAUACAAGAACACACAAAAUAUCCUGUAGGCCAGGAAUAAAAAUAAAUGUCAAGUUCUAAAACUAA